AACUACCAGUGAUCAAGGCGUCCACAGCCUAAGCAAAGUCAGAAUACGAAGACCUUCUCCCACAAAGACUUGUCCGCGCGUCGUUGCAUCGAUGACCGAGAAUACAGGUACUCUCCGAUACCGUUCCGUCUCCCCACCACCCAUCGUCCUAACCGAUCACAACAUCCCAGACCCACGUUCGCUCAAAGGCAUAACGGAGCUGAAAGAAAGAAAGAUCUCCACUAUUCCUAACUCCCCACCUCAAACUCCGCCUUAUCGCGCAAUCAAAUCUCGAAUUCCCGUCCCGUCGAUUCCAGACCCCGUGUGUUCUGUGCCGCGCGCGUUUCGCAUUCGCGUCCUUUUUUUUUCCACGACUUUUCAUCCAUCUCUUCCUUUCGAGGCCCACAAUCCUCGAUUUGCCUUAAGCGGGGGUAUCUUGAUCGUCUUUCCUCCUCGCUUUGGAUCAAACAGGCAUAUUCCUUGCACGAUAUGA